AUGAGCAGCCAGCAACCACCCUGGGGCCCUCCGAGACACCUUCAGAGCACACGUCUGACCCCCAUCUCCACGAAUAUCACCAACGAACAGCGCAACACGCCUUCCCCCAGCGGCUCGCGGCCGGGCUUCUCGCCAGCUACGUCAAGUUUCCCUUCGCUGCCUCCGUCCACGGCGCGUCACGUCGGAAGCCGCAAGUUGUCGGCCGCAUCGUCGACCUCGGCGCCUUUCUCGCCCUCGCACGCGGGACAGCAGCCCCCCGUCGGCCAGCUGCUGUCCUCCCGGUCGAGGACCAUAACUUCACAGCAGCCUUCGCAACUGGCCUCCGCCGCCGCAGCAGGUGGUGCGUCGAGCAGCGGCGGAGGGGCCUCAGUGUCCAGACUUGUACGCGCCUCGCCCUCGCUGUCCACGUCAAGCACAGUGGGUUCACCCAGCACGUCGGCCAAUCCCGCCAGCGCAUCGGCGCAUAAUCAGAACCUCUCACGCAUUGUCAUUGCCCAGGUGUUCCUGUUGCUCAGCCAGUUUGGGCCUGUGAAGGACGAUAAGGACCGCGCAAAGUGGGAGACGCAGGCGGAGCAGAUCCGGAAGCUGAUUGAUUCGAACGGCAUGGAGGUAUUUACGAAGUACUUCCGCCGCCUGUUGCAGAACAAUGCCGCGCACAUUUUCUCAACGGGCGGCCGCAGCGCAGACCCCAACGGCAACUACCAGAUACUGGUCACGGAGAUGCAGAAGCUGCGGACGGACCCUGAACAGGCUCUCAAGAUUGCCGAGUCGCUCAACUCGCCCGAAGGCGACCUCUUCCGCGAAUUCGAUCUAACUGCAUUCAUAUCUCACUUCCAGCUUGAUGUGUUCUCCCAAGCCAUGCUCGCUGCGGCGUGUAAGCUAGGCAGUAACGCAGAGCUGAAGUCAAGAGCGGACGCUAUUCUUGGCGCCAUAACCGACGACCUUCUUAUGGCCAUCGCGCGACCCGACCCCACGCAACUGCCAGACUCACCCACCUAUCUCGCCGCGCUGGUUGACCGCAUUCUCCAAGAUCCGCCGUCUGACUGGAAUGAAGAGAGCGUGGUCAAGCUGACCGCGGCCCUGACAUACAGAUACCAGAACCUACACAGCGCGAUGCCCGUUGAGGUCGAGGCCGCGCUGCAGCUGGUCGAAUUGUCCAAUGCCUCACAAAAUCCGCUCGUCAAGCUGAUUCAACGCGCCGGCCCCCGCGGCACCGAGUCGGUCGAAGCGUGCAAAGAAACGCUUGCCUCCGCCGAAACACGAGACAUCAGCUAUCAACAGGUCGCAAACGUGCUGGUUUUCCUGGCUGUAUCUUCAGGCUACAAUGCAAAGAACUUUGUAGCUGCCUUGCGGGAACAUCGAACGGGUCAGCGCAUAGAGUGGCAGGAGGUUGUACACGCGUUCGAUCGCGAGAACCUGCGCGUGUCGAAAGCGCAAUUCUUGACCAUCUUCCAUGCUCUCUUGCCUGUCGCACAAGAGUCCGAAGCUUUCGAUAUCCAAUUGAUGUGGGGCGGUGCCUGGCAGAACGAACUUACGCAGCUGAGCUUCCUCUCCCGGUUCCUCGAAUGCACCCCCGAAGAGCUCGACGUUGCUCAGAUUCCGCGACUGCGAGAGUCUUAUUCCCUAGCCACUUUCGAGAAUGGGUCCCCUGAAGUCAAAGCGAUUGCGGAGCAAGCGGUCAAGCAUCCAUACGUCUCGCUCGAUGCUACUCGAGCUCUAUUCGGGAUGAUCUUCCGCUCGGCAGAGUCCUAUGCCGACGCACAAGUCCUGGGCAUCCCGGACGCUGUGAUCAACCCGCAUACGGCUGAGUUCCUUGUUGCCGCUGCUGCUGUUCCCAAGCCUUGGGGCGCAUUACAAGAGCAAGCGCUGAAGCAGCUCUUCGAACCGUACUUUUGGAGGAAACUACCCAAGCACGAGUUCGUCAUCUACGGGCUCUGGCAGCAAGAUCCGCAAUGGCUGAUCGGGCGUUUCAACGACGCUUAUAACAGCGAAAACAUGUCUCUCAACGUCAUCUUACAGCACGCACAACAGAACGGGUGGCUGGAGGCACUGAUUCGCAGCAACACGGACAUAAGCUUGGACUUGGCAGCACAAGCACAUGCGCAGGGCUUGUUUCAAAUCGAGCCUUGGCUACAGCAGACCUACGAUCAAGCAGGUGUUCUGUUCCGCCAGAUCUUGCAAAAUUUUCUCAACGCCCGAGCAAAUGAGGAGAUGCAGCGUUCGCGGGACGAUGGACAUAUGUCAAACAGUCUGCCUCUUCCAGUCAAGACCGUCUAUCCCAUUCUUUGGUUCCUGGCCGACUGUAAUCUCGCGGAUGAAGACCUGAUGACUCUCCAGCGAGGAUGCAUCCAGGCGUACCCACGCCUGAUCAACUACGGCGAGGGCGUGGACGACAUCAUCGAUGCCAAUGGACAGAAUGGGAACGCGCUUCCAGAGGAGGCCGACAAAAAGAUGCAAGAACAUUUCAAGAAUAUGUACAGCAGCGAGAGUGAUGUUAGGGAGAUCAUUACCGUUUUGAAGAAGUACAAGGAAUCUCGGGAUCCGGCCGAGCAAGAUCUUUUUGCUUGCAUGAUUCAUGGGCUCUUCGACGAAUACAACUGCUUCGGUGAAUACCCCCUGGAGGCAUUGGCAACGACCGCAGUCCUCUUUGGUGGGAUAAUCAACUACAAUUUGCUCUCGCGACUGGCUCUUAGGGUGGGCCUGUCCAUGGUGCUCGAAGCCGUUCAAGACUAUCGCCCGGACGAUUCCAUGUACAAGUUUGGUCUCCAAGCACUGAUCCAUUAUUCUCCUCGACUUCACGAGUGGCCGACCUAUUGUGAAGAACUGCUCAACAUCCCAGGUCUCCAGGGUACGGAAAUAUACACCAAAGCCGAGGAGGUGGUACGCUCACAGAUGGGCGAGGUAAAUGGUGACAACCAGAAUGCCGUUGGCUUAACGAAUGGCAAUCACGCAGGCGAACAGCUCCAGGCCGAGCCUGCUGUUCCCAACUUCACUUGCCUUCACGUAGACCCUCCGCUCCGGCCGGAUCUGUACGAAGACCCCGACGAGGAAGUUCAAGACCGCGUCCUGUUUGUACUCAACAACGUGUCCGAACGCAACCUACAAGACAAGAUUAGAGAUCUCACUGGUGCUGUGGAGGAUAGACAUCACCAGUGGUUCGCCAACUACCUCGUGGAAGAACGUGCCAAGAUGCAGCCCAACUUCCAGCAGCUCUACCUCGACAUGCUGGACCUUUUCGACAACAAGAUCCUCUGGGCUGAAGUGCUACGAGAAACGUACGUCGUCGUGGUCGCCAUGCUCAACAGCGAAGGAACCUUGGGUUCAACGGAGCGCGGGCAUCUGAAGAACCUCGGCGGCUGGCUUGGGUCUCUCACCAUCGCGCGGAAUCAGCCGAUCAAGUUCCGCAACAUCUCCUUCAAGGAUCUGCUCAUUGAAGGUUACGCCACGGAUCGUCUGCUAUUGGUGAUCCCGUUCACAUGCAAAGUCCUUGCGCAAGCAGCCAAGUCCGUCAUCUUCCAACCUCCGAACCCAUGGCUGAUGGAGAUUCUGAGUGUGCUCAAAGAGCUGUAUGAGCAUGCUGAGCUUAAACUUAACCAAAAAUUCGAGAUCGAAGUUCUCUGCAAAGGACUAAACAUCGAUCCCAAAGACAUUGAGGCAUCGACUUGCAUCCGCAUGAGGCCACAGAUUGAAGAAGAAUUCAUCGGUCAAAUGCCACCGCCCGAUGGCUUGGAGCCAUUCGGUGACCUAGGCCUGAUGAGUCUUCAACGGGCCCGUGGUCCCAGCGAACGAUUUUCUUCUGCUGCCAUUACGGCCGCUCUACCAGACUUCCGUCCGCAGCUUCAACAUCCUCCCUCAAGCACAAAUGUUGUGCCGCACAGCACCAUUAAGAAAAUCUUUGAGACUGCUGUGCAGCAGGCAAUCCAAGAGAUCAUCGCACCUGUUGUUGAACGAUCUGUCACCAUUGCAGCAAUAUCAACGUCUCAGCUUGUCAGCAAGGACUUCGCUUUGGAACCCGACGAGGAAAAGUUGCGCAAUGCAGCUUACACAGUCGUCAAGUCGCUGUCCGGCGCUCUAGCUCUUGUCACUUGCAAGGAACCUCUGCGCAUGAGCAUCCAGAACAAUAUCCGUGUUAUGGCACGCGACUUACCUGAGCAAGCCAUACCAGAAGGGCACGUGGUCAUGUUUGUGAAUGACAAUCUGGACCUCGUUUGCAACACUGUGGAACAAGCGGCCGAGGUAUCUUCGCGAACAGAAAUUGACCAGCAGAUACAAGAGGCAAUCCAGGCCCGCCAAGACUACCGCCAGCAACGCACAAACGAGCCGUUCAAGGACGCUGCCAUUAGCCCUUGGGCCUUUUAUAUCCCCGAGCCUUACAAGCAGACCACUGGAGGUCUCAACCGAGAGCAACUGGCCAUCUACGAGGAAUUCGGGAGGCAGUCUCGCAAUGCACCCCACGCCAACAACGUAUCGCAGGACAGUGGAAGACAACUACCCGACGUACUCCAAGAUCAAUUCGCCACUGUACCGAAUCUGCCCACUCCCGCUGCUGCUCCGGCCGAACCUCGUCAGGCAGCUCAACAGCCCCGACUGCAAAGCCUUCAGGCUGCCCAUGUGCCUGCGCCGCAACAAAUCAACGGUUACAUGGAACCCGCAGGACUGGAACGUGGAUGGCGUGGUGUCGAGGACCUGCUCGGCGAGAUGAUGCGCCUUGUUAAAGAGGCCCCAGAAGAGCGCAUCAGCGACCUGCAGCCAACGAGCCCAAUUCAUCAUACUUUUGAACAGCUCGUGUCGAGCAUCUCUUUUGCCGGUCCUAACAAGGAGGCCUGGGCUUUCCGUAUCGCUGGUCAAGUCACGAAUCACCUGUUCUCUGACAGUCUCAGCCGCUUGGAGAUCGAGACCUUGGCGCAUCUCAUGGGCGGCCUCUGCGAGAUGUCGGUAUCAACUUCUAGGCAAGUGCUCAUGUGGCUUGCGACUCUCAAUGACGAUGACCGCAUCUUUAACGCCACCGUCAUGGUUGCUCUGAUGGAUGUAGGUCUGAUGGACAUGCAUCGGCUGAACACAAUACUCGCCAAGGCCAUUCAAGAUCGCCGCGUGGCUGCCCUAGAGAUGCUCUCUAUACUUAUGGAUGAGAUCUUGCUCAACGAGCAUCCCAGUGCCCUUCGCGCCGAUUUCGCUCUCUCGAUCGACGCUCUUACCAACUGGCUCGCCGAAGAUCCGAGCUUGGAGAUUGGGAAAAACUUGCUCAACAAAUUGCGAAUUGAUACUGCAGAUCAAGAGCUCACACCACCUUCAACCGGCCAAAAGGAUCAACUGGAGUAUGUGUUUGAUGAAUGGGUCCACCUACAGCAUCCCGACACACCAAAUAAGUCCAUCGCUGCAUUCAUUUACCAGUUGCACGUAUCACAGGUUAUCAAGAGUCCCCGGGAAUCGAUCGAAUUUUUCCGCACUUGUAUCGAUGCUUCCGUUGCUGCGUACGGGCUGGAACAGUCUCUGCCGUACGGCAGUGGCAACCCUGACAUUGCCACGGUUAAGGUCGAUGCGCUUGCUAAGCUCAUUGUGGAUCUCAUCGUAUACCAAGGCGAACAAGAGGGAGCCGUCAAGGAAAGCAAGGCGAAGUACCUCGACCAGAUUCUGCUGGUCGUAAUUCUUGUCCUUAACAGGUAUCUUGGACGUGGAGACAAUCUAGGGGCACGCGGAGACAGCGAACUGUUCUGCCAGAAAGUUUUCUUCCGCUUGUUUUCCUCGAUUCUGUUCGAACUCAACGAGGCCGCCAAAGAAGACGUCUUCGCCGGAUUCAAGAGCGAGAUCUUCCUCGCUGUCGCGAAGGCGUUCCUCAUCCUUCAGCCCACGCAUUUCCCGCGAUUUGCGUUCUCGUGGUUGACUCUGGUAUCGCAUCGGAUCUUCGUUCCCGCCUUAUUGGACGACAGCCAUAGCCAAGGUUGGGACGUGUUUGCACAGCUUAUGGAGACUCUCCUGGUCUUCACGGGUGAGCUAAUUAGACCUGCCGGUGAGACUAUCAUGGCGCAAACCUUCUACCGCGGCGUACUGCGCGUUCUGCUCGUCAUUCACCACGACUAUCCCGAGUUCCUGGCGGAGAACCACUUCCGCUUCUGCAAUAGCAUCCCGAUGCAUUGCACGCAACUGCGCAACUUGAUCGUCAGUGCCUACCCCUCGAACAUCCUCGAGAUGCCCGAUCCCUUUACUACGGGCGUGAAGGUGGAUCGCCUAGACGACAGCCGCCAGGCGCCCACCAUCCGCGCCGAUCUCGACCAGAUGCUUCGUCAGGGCGGCGUCAAGGAUCUUAUUGAUGGCAUUCUGCGAGCCUCUGAGCCACGAGCUCAAGAUGUCGAACAGCUUUGCAAUGCCGUUUACUAUGACGAGCCGAAGCCUGCUGGCUUUGAGGCAGACGUAACAACAGCUGAUCCUGCUUUGAUCCACGCCAUCACUCUCUACAUUGGAACUAGCGCGCUGGCGAUGCAAGGCGCAAAGGGCCCCAUCUUCGACGGUACUGCCCCCGCAGCCAAACUGAUUGAGAGGCUUGCCCGGGACUUGCGUCCGGAGGCCAAGUUCCAUUUCAUCAGCGCUAUUGCCAACCAGCUUCGUUGGCCAAACUCCCAUACGCAGUAUUUCAGCUGCGCGCUUCUUCACCUUUUCGGCUCCCAAGACAAUGAAGACGUCAAGCACACGAUCACACGCGUCUUCAUGGAGCGCCUAUUGGUGCAUCGUCCGCAUCCAUGGGGUCUUAUCAUCACGCUCCUUGAGAUUCUGAAGAACCGCACUUACGGUUUCUGGGAUCUGCCGUUCGUGAAGGCUGCGCCAGAGGUUGAGCGCAUCUUCAGCGCGCUUUUUACGAAUGCGCAGCAAAGUCCCCGACCGAUUGCCUAG